AAAUUGAAAACCCAUACCAACCUCUUUUCUUUAAAGUGAGAGAAUACAAAAUCAGAGUCUUUAAAUGUUGCAGUUAGUUGUUGCAGUUAACCCUCCUCUUCCUCUUCCACACAAUCACUCCAUUUUAAGGUUCAAUAAAACCCAGAAACCAAGCAACCUAAAUUCAAGAAAACUAUCAAAUUAUUCAUUAACCCUUACUCCAAGAAACCACAAUAAUACAAGAUUUUGAAGGCUAAAUAUUAUUCGAUCAAUGAGUUCGCCGAGAUCAAGAAUUGGAGUUGUCUUGAAGAGAAAAACCAAGAAAAUGGACCAAACUGUAUUAUUUUCUAAUAUUGUUUCCAAGAAUUACAGUAGCGAGAAAGAAGAUGAUGUUGUGAGUCUUCUUGAUCAUGAUUUUCAUGAAACCCAAGAGAAUAAUAAGGGAAAACGGUGUGGUUUGGUGUCGUUUCGGGAGUUGCCUGAGUAUAUGAAAGAUAAUGAGUUUAUUGUUGGGUAUUAUAGAGCUAAUUGGUCUUUUAAAGAAGCUCUUUUCAGUGUUUUUUCUUGGCAUAAUGAAACUCUCAAUGUUUGGACGCAUUUAAUUGGAUUUUUACUCUUCUUGGGGUUGACUAUGGUGAAUGUAAUGAAAGUGCCUCAUGUAGCGGAUCUUCUCAGCAUUUUUACCAGGUCAAUUCUUACAAGUGCAGAAGCAAAUGUUUCCCAUAAUUCAAAACAUUUCUUUUUGGAAACAACCAAAGUAGUUAAUUUGGAGCAAAUAUCAGAGUCAACAAUGGACAUGAUUACACAACCAGCAACCAGAUGGCCAUUCUAUGUAUUCUUAGGAGGUUCAAUGUUCUGUCUACUCUCAAGCAGCAUUUGCCAUCUCUUUUCUUGCCACUCACACAAUCUCAAUGUUCUCUUGCUCCGAAUUGACUAUGUCGGUAUCACUACGAUGAUCAUCACCUCGUUUUUUCCUCCAAUUUACUAUAUUUUCCAGUGUGACCCACUUUGGCAAUAUGUCUAUCUUGGUGGCAUAACAUCAAUGGGAAUGUUCACUAUCAUGACUCUGCUUUCUCCGUCGCUCUCGUCGGGGAAAUUCCGUGCUUUUCGGGCUCUUCUCUUCUCGUCGAUGGGAUUUUUCGGAAUCAUCCCCGCGAUUCAUGCUACAAUUGUGAAUUGGGAUAACCCGAACCGUGACACUAUUCUAGCUUACGAGUCUGCUAUGGCUUUAUUUUAUUUGACCGGUACGAUGUUCUAUGUCACCCGAAUUCCCGAGAGGUUAAAACCUGGAUGGUUCGAUUUAGCGGGGCAUAGUCAUCAAAUCUUUCAUGUUUUUGUUGUGCUGGGUGCAUUGGCUCAUUAUGGUGCUACAAUUCUGUUCUUGGAGUAUCGAGACCGAGUCGGAUGCUAGAUAAGGUUUAAUUGUUGCAUAUAUAAUCCGAAAAAACAGAGCGCAUACCUAAUUUUUAUUUGGUAGGGUUUGUUUAUAGAAUUUGUUAUUCAUUUAAUGUGGAUUUCGUAGUCCAUAUGGUGUUGAUGAAAUAGUGUAAGACAUGAAAAUAUAUUAGUAUUAUUUAACUUACCCCUUGAAAGAGGAUAUUUGCCAUGAUUUUUAUAAGAGAUAUAGCUUAUGAA